AUGUCGCAGAGCAAGAGAAGUAAUGCUGGCAGUAGCGAGCGUGCUGAUAACAUGAAAUGGUCGUUCAGGCAAGAAGAAACCGGAAAACUCUGCGUUUCAAGGACUAAUGGUCGUCUUGUUUGUAAUGGCAAAAAUGUAGAAGAUAUUAAACCAAGUGCCACCAAAACAGACACAUUGAAGGUAAAUCGGCAAAAUAUAAAAAUCAUGUCUGCAUAGCCAUAGGUUUCGAUUUAUAUUGAUAUUUGUUGUCAUUGAUAUUGAUAUUUUUCUACACAGGUAAAAUUUUGUAGCGUCGAUAGAGGGUUUGCUUUGAACAUAUGUCGCUUUGACUUCACCGCAAAUGAAGAAUCCCGAUAUUUCGAGCCCUAUAUUAAGUCAACCGAAAGAUUCGACGAGUGUUUUAAAGAAUUUCCCAAGGAGGGGAUAGUCAAAACAUCGUUGAGCGAUUUGGUAGGCGAUGUUGAGUUUGAAGCACCGGAUUCCCCGGUUGAUCUUACAAACCCAACUACUGAAGGCCCCGAAGGCGAAGCCAGCAACUUGGUCAUGGAAUCUCUCUCAACUUAUGAGCGUCCAGCAAAACGACCCGCGCCAAAGGAAAUCCCAGACGUUGAUCCCCUUCCUCCAGAAGUAAGCAAACAAAAAAGUGUUGAAACGCUAAAAGAUCCUCAAGAGGACGAUAAGGGCUUCCUAGACGCGGUAAAGAAACAAUUUCUACUACAGGAAGGUAUGUAAAUACUUGUUUGGCAUGUUUUAUCACUUGUUGAAGCCCGUUAAUUGUGUUUAAGCGCAUAUUUCAUUUGGAUGUAACCAUAGGUGUCCCAAAAAUAUUUAUUCCCCACAACAUUUAUUCUACAUUCAACAGUUAAACGUUUAAAAAUAUGUUUAAAAUGUUUCUGUCAGACUUGUCUGUCAGCUGCAUGUGUGUGCAGAUUGCCCAGUCAAUAGAUCUUAGACUGUCGUAGGGCCGGCAACUUCUUGCCAGUCUAUACAUGAUCACACAUUAUUAUAUUCGCUUGAAACAAGAAAUCGCAAAUUUUUCGCGACAGUUUUGUGUGGGAAGCCCUUUUUUUAAUCGAUUAUGAAAUUGCAGACGUUUUUUCCGAUGAUCAUGUAUUUCGAACAAUUCGCGUCCCGAUUUCCACCUAUACUGUAUUUACGUAGUUUAAAAACAAAAUUUCGUUAUUAAAGCACUUCCAUAACCCUAUUCGCUCUAUAAAAACUAUUUAUAAAGUUAUAAAAUAUAUCCAAUGUUUUUGCCUUCAGUUUUUUUUUGCGAUGUUCUGAAUAUUCCAAGCGAGUGCAAUAUUGUAUUUGUAUUUAAUUAGAUACACACAAGGUCUAUAUGUAUGCAAACUGGCAAAACCACUGCCAUUGAAGUUAAUUGGAUAACUGGAUAAGCUAUAUGUAUAUCACACCUUCUGAGUUCUGUUGAACUAAUCAAGCGUGGAUGCCAGCAUUAGCAAAUCACGAAGUUUAAUCUAACUAUACUGUACUUAUACAAAUAUUUCAGGGGUGUUCCAGACAGUUUUCAGUAUUAUUCAACUAGCUGUGCAUGUGUCGUGUUAAUUCAUGAUGCCCAACCUCUUCUGAUAUAGCAAAGCCAAUAUAUGUUAUGAUACAAGUGUGAAGUGGGCCCAACUAGACAAUCCACGUACAGUAUAUAUAUAACCAAACUUAGCAUCCAGAGCCAGACUGCAGAGUUGUGCAGUUUUUAACACGAUGUUGGGGAUGCAAAAGCUAAAAAAUGUAGGGGCAGAGAGGCACAAAACAGUUUCCAAGGGCAAGAGCACAUCAAGAGCCGUCACGGAACCACAAAAGUUGCAAUAUUAAAUGUUUAAAUUUAUGAAAUUUAGAUAUUUGGAGUAGAUUUGAGUUUGAAAUGUUUUUAUAUAUCAAGAGCUUCCCAAGGUGCUUUAUUUCAACCGUGUUUCAACUGUCAAAUGUGUUAUAAUAUACAUGUGUUCUCUGUCUCUGAGAUUUGGUCGUGUAUCGUGGGUAAAAAGUCGUGCGUCGUGCGUAAAAGUCAUGGGUCGAAAAAUGCUCUAAAUUUCCAGUUUUCGCUCAAACACUGCUUUGGCUACCCUGGUUCCAGAGGUUUUUAUGCCGCCGCAUUAUAAAUUACGUAAUACGAGCGAGAAUAUAGGGCGAAACUGGAUACCAGAACCUCUGGCAACCAAUUUGGCUAAAUAAUUUGCUCAAACACUGCUUUUGCUAAAUAAAUUGCUUUGUUUUAAAAAACGUAAUGGUUAUAGUAAAAAAAAGAAAAUCGCAGAAAUGUGAAUAUGUACAUUAUAUAUUCACAUUUCGAGAUGUAGAGAUAUUUCAUUUUCGGCUUUAUUUAGACAAAGACAGUCAUCAAUUAUCUUACGGUAUACUGUAAGUCACGACACUGAGAACGCAUCCAUUUUCUUUGGUCGCUCUUGUGCUCUUUAGUCGAGUUUCAGUAUACAGCUAAAAGUAUUCUUCGAUCUAGUUUUGGCUAUGUUGUACGAUCGUACGAAUUUACAACUUGAUCAAGUAGGGCAGAAAUAAAUUCAAAGCAGCUAAAAUUACGGCUUAUAUGCAAGACAUACAGGUAUAACGCUUGUUCAACAGAUUAUGAACACAGCAAGUGUUUGCCAGUGUGUGCGCGCAUGUUUCCUGUCGAAUUUCUAGGUGGUUUAUGCAUGUAAUUAAUUAAUUAAGGUUUCCUUUAAAUGCGUCAUAAGAUUUCUUUAGUCACUUGCCACCUGGCCAUAUCCUAGUGCUGCGCUUCUGACUUCAGUUCGAAGUUCGAAUGCAUAAUGUGGAGAAUUUCGGUUAAACAUUCAGUUGGGCAUUGCCGAUUGUUUACACGCGUUUUGCUAAAACAGAAUUUAUUUGACAAAAGCAGUGUUUGAGUGAAAACUGGAGCGUGUUAGGGAGGGAAACGGAAGUGGGGGGCCUGGCUUUCGAGGUUGAAAUAGCACUCGUCCUUCGGACCCGUGCUAUACGUAUGUUGAGGUCUUUGAAAAACUCACUCAUGCAUUUUAUAUCCAAAUUGCACUCGAAACCAUGCUAUUACCUAUACUUAUUACUAUCGUUACUUGUGAUUUUCGAAACAUAUAGCUACCAAAUUGCACUCGCCUCAAUUAGCUGCUCAUGCAAUUUUGGCACAUUUUUCAAAGAUCGCUCGUUAAUGAUUUUUGAAAUUGCACUCACUUGGACCAUAUGAUUACCAACACAAAAUGUACCUUAUACUUCAACUUCGAAAUAAUUCAGUGGUGUAUUCCAUUUUUAUACACCUGCAAGAGUAAACAGGGGCACACAUUAAACGAAUUGCUGGGGGGGGGUGAACGAUCUGGGAACCGAGUUGAAGACUUUGGAUGAAAAAUAAUAUAUAAAACAUAUAGUGAUCAUAUUCUUUUACUGAUAUAUUUUCCUUAGAUCCAUACCAUGUGAAAGUUGCCUCACUAGUUGAGCCACGAGACGAUUUUUUGAUCCGUCCACUAGACCUCAUGUUCGUGGGGAAGUUAAAAGUGGAAAUUCGUGAACGGUGCAGUACAUUCGUCAAACCAUUAAUUGCCAUGGUAAGUGAUGUAACAAGAAAAGAGGACUUUAGUCUGGCAAAACUCGAAGAUGGCAAAUACACUUUGGAAGUCAUCGGUGGGAACCAUAGAAGAGAAGCAUUCAUUCAGCUUCAGCAAGAAGGGCAACUGGACAACGAUUCAAUCAAGGUUCAGUUGUUUACAGGUAUGCUCUUUAAAACAGUAUCUAACCCACACAAAACAAGUACGGUCUAGAAUUCCCUUUGUUUCGCGCGCCUUUCUGCACGUUUAUUUUCAGUUUUCAUCUUUCACACGGCAUUUUCAUUUCUUGAAUGUCGUUCUUUCAUUAUAAAAUAUUGCCGAAUAUUUCUUUACAAAUUUAACAGUUAAACGUGUGACGCUUAUAAGAAAAACAAAAUCUUUAUCUUAGCCAAUCACGAGCUUGAUAAAUAAUGAGAACCACUCGAAACGUCGAAAUUGUCCUUUCAAGUAAAAAUAAGACUUUUCAGUAAUUCAGUUGCUUGUUGGGCUUGCACGAUUGCAUGGGCAGGUUGUUUUGCUAGAAAUUGCCACAAAAAAUUGUUUUCUUAUUUAUGUUUAAUGCCUUCUGUUUUCCAUUCUUAAUUUAUAAAUCAGCUGAAAUCAAUACUUCAUGAUUAAUUUAAGUCUUCAAAUUACUUUGUUAAGGAAAACAUCAGAUUAGAAUAUUGAUUGAUCAAUCCUUAAUUGCAACCAUUUGCUUCAAAUUUUGCCAAAUUAUGUGAGCGGCAAACUAGACCUCAGAUGGCAAGUGAAUUUUGUUCCACUGGCUUGUUUUGAAAGACAUGCAGACACCUUUGCAGACAUGAAUUUAUUUUCAAAUUGAUGUCUGCAAACAUACUGGCAGUCAAAAUGGCAAAGCAGAAUUUUGUUUUUAUGACUAGAAAUAGUUAGAGUGGAAGGAUGAAUAUAAGUUAAAUUUAUGUUUUUCUCACUAGAAAUGUCACAGAAACAGGCUUUGCGAUUGGCACAGCUUCAUAACCGAGAGGACUCAUUCCACCAUGACCUAUCAACAAGCGACAAAGUGAGGAAUUAUUUAAAAUGUUUUCAUUCUAAUUAAUGCAGUCGUUUACCAGUUCUGGGUGCUAUAAACAUUGCUGCAAUUACUUUUUUAAGCCAUUAAGUGACAAUGUAGGACUGUUCGGUAUACCGAUAUACCGAAAAUAUCGGUAUUAAAUCAAUAUCGGUAUAUCGAUACCGGAUAUUCAACGGAACCAUACCGAUAUACCUAAAUUUCCGAUAUACCGGAAUUUUUCGGUAUACCGUGUUAAAUUUACCAACCAUAUUUCGAAACCAUAACCUUCAUUUUACUACUGAAUGGCAAUUCAAAUAACUUUCUACUGCAAUGAUUAAGAAUUUCCACUUCAGUGAGAUUUUACACUGAGUACGUGUCGUUCGAAACAUGUUCGAAACAGCUUCGAAAUUAUCGUUUUCCCUUUUAAAAUUACUCAAAAUUUCUUUCAAAUUUCCAUUAGAAAAUUUUCCUUUAUAAUUAUCAAAGGAAAACCGGUAUACCGAUAAUAUCGGUAUAAUUUUUUCGGUAUACCUAUACCGGAAAUUUCUCAUACCGAAAAUUCCUAUUACAAUGUACCAUACUGCACCCACUUUGUUAUUUUAUUUUGUCUUUUACCAUUAUGAACUAUUUUAGUCAUCACGAGAGAUUCUAGUGCAAAAAUUGGUCAAAUGCCAUGAUCCUCAAUAAACCCUUUGAGUGGCAACGUACCUUGAUGAUAUUUAGGGUUCAUUUGUAUAUCUACUGUAUGCAGGCAAUGAAUCAUUUGUGUCUCUCAAAUGGCUCAUUGAAUCACGAUAGUACAGUAUAUGACAGAUAAUGGAUGAUAAUUGAAUCUACACUACAGUGUACAGGCAAAGCACUGUGUGUAUUUAUGUUUUUCUGUUGGGAGCACGUAUCUUUCUGUCAAUUCGCUGUUCCAUAACUUUGCAAUACUGUUGUAAAUAACAGUUAAUGAUGACAGAUAAAAAUUACUUCUACAGAUAUCAUUAAUUCUGUCUAUAACAUUUUUUACAGGUAAAGUUAUGUAGAAACCUACUGCUGAAAGAAUUUGCAAACAAAAAAUCUGCAAGUUGGAGAAAUUUGUGUUCUGUGAUUAUUGGUGAAACUGUAAGUAAAACACAAUUAUACUGUAUACCUAGUCAUUAAUAAUACAUGCAUCUUAGUUAAUUGUCUCACACUUUUGCUGCAACUGACAAUUUGCAUGUAAAAAUUGUAAAGUGUAACCAUCAAUUAAAUCUACAGUAUAAUUGCAACACUUUAAGGAAAAGUUGCACAAAGUAGAAUCAGUUUCUGCUUUGUGCAUUAUGCUGCACCACUUGGUGAUUGCAUGAUCUCGAGGUUAAAUUUACAUUGAUGAUUGUUCUAUCUGAUCAAAAUUCAAAUGUUACAUCCAUUUACUGCAAGUCAUCUAACUUGGUAUAUUAAAUGAUUGGAAAUGUUAGCCUGCAUACAAAUUGACUUCACAAGUUAUUUUACUUGCAUUCUUGUUGCAAUGACAUUACAAACAACAUGGACAUUACAAACAACAUGUGCUGUUAAAAACAACUGCCUCCUAUUUUGUUAGGAAAAUGUUUUAAAUGAUUGUUUUCUUUUUCUAUUUCCAUAGGAAACCAUGCUUUCAAAUGUCCUUUUUGUUGCCAGUGAACUGGAUGAUAAUGUUUACAAUGCUGUGCUGGAGUUAAUGAAACAAUAUGGAGCACUAAAAUUAAAAGGACAAAAGGCAUCCAAAAAGGCAGUGAAAGAUAAUGACAAAAAUAAAACAUUGAAAGUUUCAUUUCCAUACACAAAGUUGAAAUGCUUGCGCGGUGACUUAAAAAUGGACGAACUGCUACAAAUGCUGCAUAAUGUAAUCAGUGGCGAUAUAAGCUUGCAAGAUAUGGAGAAAGAAUUGGGUCGUUUGAAAGAGAUGCGAGCAUUGCAAAAUUAUUUUGUCAAGAACACCAACUGUAGCUCUUGGAGAGAAGCAAAAGAGAAGUAAUUUUAAUUCAUUAAUGUUUUCGGCAUUGUAUUUGUAGGCAGUGCAAGAUUGUGUUGCCAAUAAUAUGCAUCCCCUUACAAAAAUAUCCUAUAGAAAUUCCCAUAGGAAUUUGUUUUCCUAUAGGAAUUUUGUUUUCCUAUAGGAAUUUUGUCCCAACUUCUUAUAGGAAUUUUUCCUAUAGGAAUUCCUACAGCUAAUUUUCGUAAGGGUCAGCAUAAUAUUAUAUUGUGACACUCACACUGUCAGACUGUGAAAUUGUGCUGGUUACCUUUCAAUUAUAUAUGAGCUCUGAGAUGAACCAUAUGGGCUGUACAGACAUUAACCCAUUAUGUUGCAUACUGAUUAUUUGCCCUACUGCACCUUAUUCUAACUGUACUUUACUCAUUACAGGCUGUGUGCUGGUGCACAAUGAGCUAAUUAAUUACACUGUCUGCCCAUGUUUCUAUUUAACCUAAUAACUAACACCAGUCACCAGAUGAUUUUUCUUUUUUUUAAGUGCUCUUAGACUAUUACAUGUACAGUACAAUAGAUUCAAUUUUAUUGUUAUAAGUAGUUGUCUUUGUAAUGUUUACAACAUGAGCGGCCGUGUUGUAUCGGAUAUACAAACUCGUGCCGAAGGCAAGAGUUUGUAUAUCCGAUACAACACAGAUGCGAAUGUUGUAAACAACUUAAAAAACGACUCAUCUUAUAAGUUCAUUGGUGAAGUAAUUUUAAAAAUGAACGUUAAUUGUCUAUAAGCUGAGAAAAUCAAAGUUAAAGUUUAUAUGUUAAUCAACAUGAAUCUGUAUCACAUAUACAGAUACGACACGCUUAUGAUUUUUCUUUGUGUUUUCUUCAUGAAUUAUUAACGAGUUUUUUAAUAAAAAUUUGUUCACGUAGGUACCCCAAAUAUACAAGUGAAGAGGUGUUGCAAGGGUUCCGGGGAGAGAUCACACGUGGAGUGGCCAAACAAAGAUUCCAAUCAUUUGUUCAGCGUGCUGUUGGUUAUGGCUGCAGAUUGCCAGCGGCUGAACACAACAGUUUAGUUACACUCAUUGAACUAGACUGUUUGGAAGAAUUGAAUCCAAGCAUAAUGCCAGAGAAAUUACCAAAUUUCAAGGGGGCAGAUCUUGUAUUUGUGGACAUACCAAAGGUAUGGUAACAAGGCUUUUAAUUUUGCAUGCUAAAGUACAGCAAAGGUCUACUGUAGGUCUAGACUGAUUCCUAGCUGUCAUAUAAACUGUAUAUACCCAUUACAAAAAUCAUCAAACCAAUUUCCCUCUCUCAGGAUUAUGAUUUGCUGCAUUGUCCCUGGGGGAUAAUUAGUUACAGCAAGAAUUAGCCUUUCUGACGCUGCCAUUUUUGGUUGGCUUUUCAGCUGAAGAUAAAUUAAAUCAUUUAAUUACAGCUGAAGGUAAAUUUACUCUGUUAAUGGUUAGUUUGUUUUGAAAAAUUGCUUUUCACAUUGUUUAAACUGUCUGCAUUUGCUAAAUAAAUGUGUAUGUAUAUGUACUGUAUGUAAUUGCAUUGGUUAAUGAGAAUUAGAUAUGCCACCCAACUCGUCAUCGUGAGAAAGGCUAAUUGAUCCAUAACUUAUUAAAUAUACCAAUUUCCCAUUUUAAAGUUGCACUGCACUGAUUUUAUUAUUUCACAUUUUCACUUGACUAUCUAUAAAUGCCAGACAGUUUUAUUGAUCAAAGAGAGAGUGCUGGCAUUCAAUAUGAGAAAAUAUUUGUAACAUGAAAUACAAUACAACGGUAUAACUCCGAAUAAAGUAAGCAUUUUGAUUCAACGUUUCGACUUUAUUUAGUCAUCAUUCCUGAUGAUGACUAAAUAAAGUCGAAACGUUGAAUCAAAAUGCUUACUUUAUGCGGAGUUACCGUUGUAUUGUAUUUUAUGAAAAUACUCAGUGGUUCCCGCAAUUAUUUUUGUAACAUGUCUUAAUUAAUUUUGUAUAGAUCAGAUCCAUUUGAUAAUGACAGCUCUUAUUUUCCAGGGCCAGUUGUUCAAAAGCUGUCUAACUUAUGCAUGAGUCAAUCCGUACUGUUACCAAUGUCCCUCCCCCUGGGUAACUCUGGGGACAAUGCAAAAGAAUACAUCCCGGGGGUGGGGAAUUGCUAAACAGAUUUUAUUCCUGGGGAUAUAGAUCGAGUGGGGAUCCAGUGAAGAGAAGAUGUAAAAUCACAAAAUUUCCUUCCAAAAAUCCCUAAAUUUCUUUCCAUUUUUCCUUUCAAAUUUUAAUCAAAAUUAACGAAUUUACCGAGCAAUUAUAAAUGUCCAGACAGUAACGUAGAAACACAUAUUAUAUUAAUUUAUAGGAAAUAGAACUGCAUUUUGCAGGUUCAAUUCUGCUUUAGAGCCACAUGCAUGCACAGAAACUUCAGAACUGUAGUAUGAAGUGGCUUGGAGUGUGUUCCCAGGCCAGAGACAAGGUUAAUCUAAAUUUAUACUAGAAUAUUGUUAAAAGUUAACUAACAUUCUCGACUAAUAUGAUACUGUAAUUGGGGGCUUGAGUGGACUCCUCGUAAGUGGGUGCAGCCGUGCAGAGGAGAGACACCUCAUUUAAGCAUUUUCUGAAUUGCCACCACGUCAUAUAGGCGCCUCACAAUGAGACACCCUGUAGGUCCAAUUAAGCCAAUCUGGUCAUUUUGAAUGUUUUCACGGGGCCCGGGGUGAUGGCCAUUCCUUAGGGCAGAGGCUAGGAAAAUGGCAGCAGGAUAGGCUGAUAUCAAAAGCAUUGACAAGGAGUCAGACUGCAAUAAGUACACUAUUAAAUUACUAGAAUGCUAUGCUGUAUAGUGGUGUAAUUUUACAUUUUCAUGAUCAAUUAAACCUGCAAAGUUCCCGGCAACUUGCAAAAUUCCCAACCUGCAAAAUUCCAACAUGCAAAAUUCCCAACCUGCAACCUGUGUUUUGUACCUGCCGGAAUUUUUAGCGUUCCCCCGGGGGCGGGAAUUAGCAAAUAUGAAAUAUCUGAGUCCCGGGGGUGGGGCAGCAAAGCCAAAAAUGGCAAAUCCUUGGGAUGUUGCCGGGCGAGGGGGGGGGGGGUGUGAUGGUAAUAGUACAAAUUGACUCAUGCUUUAAUAACCGGUUAACUGGCAAACUUCCUAACAGCUUGUUUAUACCUUUGGAAAUAUAAAUAUUGUCUGUGUCAGUAGGAGGUUUCUUCUCUGAAAUUUUGAAGAUGUGCAGAAAAUCAGAAAAUAAUACAUAAAGUAAAACAGCAGGUUAAAUUUUAACCCAGUGCCAGGGUUUAAGCGCUAAUCCAUCUUUGAACAACCGGCCCUUAUUUAUAUUUAUGUCCCUGAGUGCUUACCUGUACCACAGACUGUAGGUCUCCCCUGAUUAUACUUAACACAGCAUUUGGGGGUGAAUUCAAUAUAACCAUAUUAACAUAAUGUUUCCAACUUUUUUACCAAUGCGUUUUACUGCCUACCAAUGCCAUAAAUUAAGUAUGGACAUAGAUUAUGUAUUAAGUACUGUUAUACUUAAUCUGUGCCAAAACUUUAUAUGUUGAAGAUUGUUGAAAGUCGUUUUAAUAAAUUUAUAAAAUACUUCAUUUUAAUAAAGCCCGCAAGUUACCUGGCAACCUGUAAACUCUCCUGCGCACCUCCCGAUCAAUUUCCCCCCCCCCCCCAUUGGUAUGCCAUUGGCGCAAUCAAUUUAUUCUGCAAAUAAAACUUUGUAUUUAAUAAUUUUAUAGAAGUGGAGCCUCGAAGAUUUGAUAAAGUUUUUGAGGAUGAUAAAGAGUCUAAACUAUGCCAACAACGUAGAACAAACAAGGUUUAUUCUCUUUCCAAGCACUUCUGCAGAAGCUGUGAUGCUUUUCCAGUUACAAAUGGCAGCCGAUCCUUUGGAGCGUGCAAAUGUACUGGACUGGAAGCUGGCUUAUUACCAGAAGCCUUCCGAAAUAAAUGCAGGUAAUUUAAUUUUAACAGUAUGAAAUCAAGCUCCUAAUUUUUUCCAAUAUCACAUUUUUAUAUAUCUGUAUUUAUGUACAACACAUGUAAUACAUUGUUGUAUAUUUGUACAUGAUUUUGAGAUGCAUGCUGUCUGGCAUUUCGAGUCAUUCGACUGAACUGAAGUUUACAAGAUAUUUUACUUUAUAAUGUUAACAAUGUUGUAAAAGUGCAAACAAACUUGAUAUGGCGGGGUAUCCAAGCAGUGGGCCAUUCCUUGCCAUCCAGCAAAUUUGGGGAAAUUCUCCAUAUGGCAAUGUGACCUCCACAUUGCAUCUAUUUAGGCAAUACCUGUGUUUACAUUUUAUUAAAGUGUGAGUGUGGAUAACCUAUAUCUAUUAAUUCUCUCACACACUCAGAUUAGUAGUAAUAUUUGUUAUGGAUAUGUGUUGUAUAUAAUAAUUAUUUCUUUUUGUAGAUCAUUGUAAACUAAACAGUGUGGUAUUGCCAUUUGUGCUUUGCUGUGGACCACCGAAUAUGGCAACCACAAAUAUGUUUAUUGUUGAGAGUUCAGAACCAAUAGUCAAGGAAAAGGACACCGGGAUUGUCCACAGUAGGCAAAAACCUACUAAAUUAUAUGAAGAACUGAUCAGUAUCUUUAAUAAAGAUAAGUCUUUGCAUAUUCUAGAUUGUUGUGGUGGUGCAGGCUCAUGUGCAUUGGCCUGUAAUGCAUUGGGACUGAAAUGUAUUGUGAUUGAGAAAUCACCAAUAAAG